AUGAUAAUGAUAAUGAUAACGAUAACGAUAGCGAUAACGAUAAUACUAAUGAUAAUAAUAAUGAUGAUAAUGAUAACGAUAACGAUAGUAAUAAUGAUAAUAAGGAUGAUAAUGAUAACGAUAACGAUAACAAUAGUAAUAAUAAUAAUAAUGAUGAUGAUGAAGAUAGUGCUAACGAUAACGAUAAUAAUAAUGAUAAUAACAAUGAUGAUGAAGAUAAUGAUAACGAUAACGAUAACAAUAGUGAUAAUAAUAAUGAUGAUAAUGAUAAAGAUAACGAUAAUAAUAAUGAUAAUGAUGACGAUGAUGAUAAUGAUAACAAUAACGAUAACAAUAAUGAUAAUAACAAUGAUGAUGAAGAUAAUGAUAACGACAACGAUAAUAAUAAUGAUAAUAAUAAUGAUAAUGAUAACCAUAACGAUAAUAAGUAAUGGUAACAGGACCGAGUGGAGUCCAAUUCGGUCUGUAAUCAUACGAGUGAUUAACAAAAUCGGACGACCGCGUAGCGGGAGUCCGAUUUGUUUAAUCACGAGUAUGAUUACAGACCGAAUUGGACGACACGAAGUUCUGUUACCAAUUAAUCAUAACUUUAACAAAAUUUGUAAUAUAAUAGGCUAUUUUUUAAAUCAAAAGACAAGAAAUUCGAAAUUUUGUUUUGCUAGCAGUGAAAAAAAAAGACAUUUAAGCGCGCGCGUGAUGGCGCGUACUGUCCAAUUACUUAGGCAUGACGCGUACUGUCCUAUCAAACUGUCCAAUUAAGGCUGAAAUCAGGGCAGUUGAUAGCCAAUCAGAUUUGAGAAUUUUGUUAUAGUUAUGAUUAUAAUGAUAAUAACAAUGUUGAUGACAAUAAUAAUGCUAACGAUAACGAUAAUAAUAAUGAUAAUAAUAAUGAUGAUGAUAAUGAUAACGAUAACGAUAACAAUAAUGAUAAUAAUAAUGAUAAUAAUGAUGAUAACGAUAACCAUAACGAUAAUAAUAAUGAUAAUAACAAUGAUGAUGACAAUAAUAAUGAUAACGAUAAUAAUAACGAUAAUAAUAAUGAUAAUAAUAAUGAUGAUGAUAAUGAUAACGAUAACGAUAACAAUAAUGAUAAUAAUAAUGAUAAUAAUGAUGAUAACGAUAACCAUAACGAUAAUAAUAAUGAUAAUAACAAUGUUGAUGACAAUAAUAAUGCUAACGAUAACGAUAAUAAUAAUGAUAAUAAUAAUGAUGAUAAUAAUGAUAACGAUAACGAUAACAAUAAUGAUAAUAAUAAUGAUAAUAAUGAUGAUAACGAUAACCAUAACGAUAAUAAUAAUGAUAAUAACAAUGAUGAUGACAAUAAUAAUGAUAACGAUAACGAUAACGAUAAUAAUAAUGAUAAUAAUAAUAAUGCUGAUAACGAUAACGAUCAUAAUGAUGAUAAUAAUAAUGAUGAUGAUAAUGAUAAUGAUAAUGAUAACGAUAAUAAUAAUGAUAAUAAUAAUGAUAAUAAUGAUGAUGAUAAUAAUGAUGAUGAUAAUAAUGAUGAUGAUAAUGAUAACGACAACGAUAACGAUAGUAAUAAUGAUAAUAAUAAUGAUGAUGAAGAUAAUGAUAACGAUAACGAUAGUAAUAAUGAAAAACAAUGAUGAUGAUAAUGACAACGAUAACGAUAACGAUAAUAAUAAUGAUAACAAUAAUGAUGAUAAUAACGAUAAUGAUUACAAUAAUAAUAAUGAUGAUGAUGAUGAUAAUAAUAACGAUAACGAUAACGAUAAUAAUAACGAUUAUAAUAAUGAUGAUGAUAGCGAUAGAACGAUAACCAUAACCAUAACCAUAAUAAUAAUGAUAAUAAGGUGA